AUGAUACUAGAUGAUUUAGACCUUACACAGUGUGAAUUGAUCUGCUCGACAAGAACCGCUAGGAUUUACAAAUCAAAUGCAUACGCCAUCAAAUGUUUACCGCAAGACUUCAAUAUCCCACCACAUAAUGCCCAAUUUGAACUAUCAAUACUACACAAAGUGGGUUCCCGAUGUCGGCAUGUGUUACCAUUGCUAGAGUCCAAGACCCUUGAAGAUGACCUGCUGUUGCUAUUUGCUUUCGAGGAGAUGAAUCUUUAUGAAUUCAUGCAAUCGCAGUAUAAAAAAGAUAGAAGAAUGAACAAUCCAUACUACGAUUUGCUGAACCCCACCAACGAAACCGCUGCGAGCCCGCCAGUGAAAAGGUACACUAAUCAAUUGGAUGUAAACAGGCAUUGUCUGCCCUUUUUCCAGCAACUGGUGAAGGGCAUUGCCUUCUUACACGAUAACAAGAUCAUCCACCGUGACAUCAAGCCACAGAACAUUGUGCUGACGGCUGGCACCACGACUGACUCCCCAAGGCUGUACAUAAUUGAUUUCGGUAUAUCAUAUGACAUGGAAAGCAAACCACAAACAAGCAUGGAGCCCAUGGAUGGUAAGAUCACAGAUAUAAGCACGGGGAUAUACAAGGCACCCGAGGUUCUGUUCGGGGUGAGAUGCUACGAUGGCGGAGUGGACGUUUGGUCACUACUGAUUAUUGUCUCCCAAUGGUUUCAGAGGGAAACAGAUCGGAUGGGACACGUUCCGGCGAUGAUUAAUGAUGGCAGCGACGAAAUGAACCUGGAUGGGAGCGACUUCAGAUUGAUCUGCUCGAUCUUCGAUAAGCUGGGCAUACCGUCUCUCGAGAAGUGGGACGCCGUUGCAAAACAUGGGUCUGUAGACGCCUUUGUUGGAAUGUUUGGUGCGGAUGGCGAUGGGAACUACAUACUCGACCAGGGGAAGGACGUACAAAUCAACGCCAUCGAGAGGAACAUGCCUCGGCUUAAUGAGAUUGUGGACGUGAAAGUCAAAGAAACGUUCGUUAAUUGCAUUCUAGGAAUGGUUUCGUUUUCACCAAGUGAGAGAUGGGACUGCCACAGAAUCUUGCAAGAACUGGAAAAGCCAUAA